UUGCCCUUUCUGCUUUUUCUCUUAACUCGCUCCUCCUCCUUCUCCUCUCAGUGACCUGCAUUUUACUUUUUCCUCUUCUCUGUCCUGGUCGAGAGCUCACAGAUGAAAAGACGGGCAAAAAGCAGACAAACACAGAGACAGGUGCCGGAUAACACACCAAGAUAUACUGCAAUGCAAACAGAAGAAGAAGACUGCAAUGCGUUUGAAAAGACUGAUUGCAAAAGAUGAAGAGCCAGAGGCAACAACCCCCUCCUCCUCCUCCUCCUCUUCCUCUCUCUCUCUCUCCUCCCCCCUCCUCUCAUCCAUCCAUCUACGCUUCCUCUCCUCUGCUGCUGCUGGAUGGUGCGUUAGGAGCGCAUGUAGGCAGGACAGCACCGGGGGCUUCCCUUGUGUCUGAUGGAGACGGGCUGAGGAGGGACCAGGUCCAGGUCCGGCUGAGACCACCUCGAGGAUCCCGCAGGAAGGACUCCGCUCCUGCUGCUGGAAGCGCCGGAGGGGGAGAGAGGAGACACCAGAGAUCCUCCAUCACCUGAAGGUCUCCUGCCUCUCUCCAGGGUGUGUCUCUGGGAUUGUGUUUAACAUGCACACUCCCAAGAGUGUGUAGCUUGUAAAGUCAAGAGGAGUGUUUAGUGUGUGUGUGUGUGUGUGUGUGUGUGUGUGUGUGCGUGUAUACUUGUAGUGCAGAGAUGGGCUCGGUGGGAGCAGAGCGCCGCAGGCCCACACCGGUCCAAAUGCCCGAGGAGAGGGAUGUGUGGAGGGAUGGAGGAAGAGCUGGAUGGAGGGAGGGAGGUAGGGAGGGCUGGAGGGAGGGAAGAGAGAGCGGCGUGGUGCAGAGCUACAGCUUCGACUCGUACCAGCUGGAGGAGGAGGAGAUCAGUAAAGACGCCCCGGAGCGAGGAGUGCUGGCGCUGUCCGAGCCCGACUUUGAGGAGCCGAUCCCUGACGACCGUUACCAUGGCAUCUACUUUGCAAUGCUAUUGGCUGGCGUGGGCUUCCUGCUUCCCUACAACAGUUUCAUCACUGAUGUGGACUACCUGCACCACAAGUUUGAAGGGACGUCCAUCGUGUUCGACAUGAGUCUGACUUACAUCCUGGUGGCUCUGUUGGCCGUCAUCCUCAACAACUUCCUGGUGGAGAGACUCAGCUUGCACACCAGAAUCACUGUGGGUUACAUCUUAGCUCUCGGGCCGCUGGUCUUUGUCAGUGUGUUUGACGUGUGGCUGGCCAAGUUCACCACCAGGCAGGCUUAUAUCGUCAACCUCGUGUCAGUGGGAGUGGUGGCCUUCGGAUGUACAGUGCAGCAGUCCAGUUUCUAUGGUUACAUGGGGAUGCUGCCCAAGAGGUACACGCAGGGGGUGAUGACUGGAGAGAGUACAGCAGGUGUGAUCAUCUCCCUGUCGCGCAUCUUCACCAAGCUGCUGAUCCCCGACGAGAGGAGGAACACGCUCAUCUUCUUCCUCAUCUCCAUCAGCAUGGAGAUGCUCUGCUUCCUGCUUCACCUGCUGGUGCGCCGCUCCCAAUUCGUCCGCUACUACACCAACAACGCCCAGGGCAAAGGUCCAGUCAAAGGUCACGACCCCCGUGACAAUGGGACCGGAUACAGAGUUCACCAUGAUGUCACCGCAGAGGAAGUAAGAUUUGGAAAUGGUGGGACAGCGCCGACACCUUCAGAGGAAGUCGUCGAGGACUUUGAGGGUGGGACGUAUGUGCGAUUCGACGCCCCGAAGGCCAAGAUAAGGAGGAGCUGGCCUGGUGUCCGUGACAUGAUCGUGCAUCGUUACGUGGUGUCCCGCGUGAUCUGGGCCUACAUGCUGUCUAUAGCAGUGACCUACAGCAUCACUCUGUGUCUGUUCCCCGGGCUGGAGUCAGAGAUACGAAACCACACCUUAGGAGAGUGGCUCCCCAUCCUCAUCAUGGCCACCUUCAACAUGUCGGACUUUGUAGGCAAGAUCUUGGCAGCGCUGCCGUACGAGUGGUCCGGAGGCCGCCUGCUCUUCUUCUCCUGCCUGAGGGUGGUCUUCAUCCCUCUGUUUGUCAUGUGCGUGUACCCGGCCGACCGGCCCACCCUGUCCCAUCCCGCCUGGCCCUGUCUCUUCUCCCUCCUCAUGGGAGUCACCAACGGCUACUUCGGGUCUGUUCCGAUGAUCCAGGCUGCGGGCAAAGUGCCGCCUGAACAGAGGGAGCUAGCAGGGAACACCAUGACAGUCUCCUAUAUGACAGGCUUGAUGGUCGGCUCCGUCGUGGCGUAUGCAGCUUACAGCUUCGCUGCUUCAGGAUCAGGAACACGCUUCUCCACACUCAGCAUACACCCGCCUGCCAACGCUACUGGGUAUUGAAUGUCCACACACACACACAAUAAAACACAUACACAGAUGUAAACACAUAUACAUGUACAUACACAUGCAGCCAUUUACACACACAAGAUCCUGGCCAGAAGAAGCAGCGCAGACUGGUGGACUCGAGUUCAGCUGCACAGGACGAAAAGACUGAUCUGUAAAGAACUCUUUAAAGGUUCAUGUUUAUACUCUGAGAGAUUGGUUCUCCUUUGUCCAGAUCAUGCUUCGAUUUUGCUCACUGGAUAAAAAAAGUGGAAUAAGAUACAAAAAAUGGAGGAAAUUAUGUUAAACAGCAAAAACGUAGCAGAUUUCUCCACUCUCUCAUUCUCCGGCCUCGUGGUCCACUGACCUUCAAAUGUCACGGCUCUGCUGUGAUGAACUUUUCCCUGGAGGUGAGAAACAGGAGCUGUGCAUCUGUCAGAGGGCCAACAGAAGCCCUUUGAGUGUCGCACAGUGAAAUAAUUGUCUGCAUGUAUGUGUGAACAGACCAGCUGACAUUUGUACAGUGUAAAGUCAAGUGGUUGUUCGCCACAGGGAACGAACGGCUCGCAGUUUUCGGAAACCUUCUGUCACGGGUCACAUAGUUUACAUUUCACAAUGUUGAUAUUCAGAGUAGAGAGAUGAUGUCAGAGUGGAUUUUUCUGGACCAGUUGUUUCAGCUGAUUCCUUUUUAUAAUCUCUGACAACCUCUGACCACCAUUUAAAAACUACUACAAGAGCAACUUAAAGGAACAGUGUGUAACAUUCGGGGGAUCUAUUAGCAGAAAUGGAAUAUAAUAUUCAUAACUAUGUUUUCAUUAGUGUAUAAUCACCUGAAACUAGGAACCGUUGUGUUUUCCUCAGCUUA